CGCGUUGGAGUUCCCUGGACGAGCAACAAGGCGAUCAGCGCUACAUUUGUGCAAUCACCACCAGCAUCGCUCCAUUGGUUUCAGAGACUUCCAACAAACAAGCAAACGCAGAAACGCGGCUCAAAACAGUGCGCCGAGCUCUGACCUCCUCGUUUCAGCGAAGACAUAUCCGAAUUGUGUCCGCCGGGAAUUUGGAUACAAUCUCACAAGGGAUUCUCUCUUUCCCCCCAGCUUUUUUCUUUUACUAAUUUUCAUUUCGCCUUUAGAUAUCACAGAACCCUUAACGGAAGACUGGGGAGCGCGGGCGCGUCGCUGUGGAUACCCGUGCGCCGUCACUGAUGCCAAACUGAGUAACUGCUAUGACAGGUAAAUUGGUGGACAAGCUCCCGCUUACCAUGAGCAGUCUAAUCAACACGAUACCUGACAGCCUUUACCCCGAAGAGGACAUUCCGACGUCUAUGAACAUUUUCACCAACGCGGACUCUAUUUCGCACUACCCGCAGAUGAAUGCAGAUAAUAUCAUGGACUUGGGGAUGGGUGGCGAGAAGAGCAGCGGUGAGAUCCAGUAUGGCUCCAGCGGUUUCCAAUCGAGCCGAAGUGGACAGACGGUCACGUACUUGGGCAAGUUUGCCUUCGACACGCCUCCAUCCGGAGGCAUCGGUGGCUCCGGCUGGUGCCCUGACAACAACAUCAUCAGCCUGGUGAGCGCCGGCAUCCUGGGCGUGUCCCCGUCGCCAGGCAACAUCACCACCCAGACGUCGUCGUCGGGCGGCAGCAUGGGUGUCCAGUCGUCGGACAUAGAGCAAGUGUACGCCCCGCCCCUCCCCGCCUACUCCACCUGUGGGGAGAUGUACCAGGACCAGGUGUCCUUCCACCACAGUCCGGCCACCUCCUCUGCCCUGCCCUACGCCGCCUCUGACUAUCACGCUACGUCCAAGCCUGCCGUCGACAGCAGUCUCUUCUCCAUGAUCCCCGACUACAACCUCUUCCACCACCAGGGUGAGGUGGGCGUGAUGGAACACAAGCCCUUUCAGUCCAUUGACCCCAUCCGGGUGAACCCGCCACCCAUCACGCCCCUGGAGACCAUCCGGGCGUUUAAGGACAAGCAGCAGAUCCACCCAGGCUUCCUGGGCAGUCAGCAGCACGUCUCGCAACAUCACCAGGCGCCGCAGACGCUCGCGCUCAAGCCCAUCCGGCCGCGCAAGUACCCCAACCGGCCCAGCAAGACCCCCGUGCACGAGCGGCCGCACGCCUGCCCAGCAGAGAACUGCGACCGGCGCUUCUCGCGCUCGGAUGAGCUGACGCGCCACCUACGCAUCCACACGGGUCACAAGCCCUUCCAGUGCCGCAUCUGCAUGCGCUCAUUUAGCCGCAGUGACCACCUCACCACGCACAUCCGCACGCACACCGGCGAGAAGCCCUUCUCCUGUGAGUUCUGCGGCCGCAAGUUCGCCCGCAGUGAUGAACGCAAGCGCCACGCCAAGGUGCACCUCAAGCAGAAGGACAAGAAGCCGGCAGACAAGGCCGGGGGCGGGGCCGGGGUCGGGCGUGCCAGCAGCCACCCCUCCCCCCCCAGCUCCUGUGGGAGCGGGGGACCGAGCAAUGCCAACAUCCUGACUGUGACCACGUGUGCGUAGGGGGACGAUGGAGCCUCUCUCUGCUGUCUGCUAAGAACCCAGAGGAGGAACCCGAGGCCUCUUCCUUUCUUCUGAAAGGCCCGGCCAUCGACAAACAGCCUCUCCCUCUAUUCAUGUACCAGUUUAUUUGUCACGGUUUUUGAUGUUUAUUUUUGAAGUUGGCAUCCUUAUUGUUGGCCUCAGCCUCUCCGCCUUUUGCUUUACGUCAAGCCAGUGGGUCUCUGGAGAGGAGGACACUGGUAUUUAUGGCAGGGAGACCUCAGAGGAUCAGCUGGGACAGGGGCAGCUAGGUCACCCCAGCAAACGGAGACACGUCUACGGGAAAAGCAUUACUCAGGCUCAGGGAGUCCUGCUUCCAGCUCCUGGGACCUACCUAAUCCCUUCAUAUUUCAGUGUGGGUUAAAUUAGUUUUAUUUUUUUAUUAUUAAUUUUUUAAAUACAGGAUGGUAUAAAAUACAAGGUGAGGCAUCUGAGUGUUUGGGUUUUUUUUUUUCUUACAAUGUAUUCUUUGGCUUGUCGUUGGCUUGUCCAAUUUUAAAAAGUGCAAUUUCAUUUACUCAAUGUUGUUACCUUGUUUGCGCUGCACUUUGGUACCUGUUGUUUGUUUUUAAAAUCUGCCUGUUAAAUAUUUAAUUGAAUAUAUUUUUUCAAAAGGACGUGCCAAAUCUGUUGACAUACUACAACCAACAUUUUUGUCGUUUUUCUAUCCAUGUGAGUGUACCAGAGAUUAUACUUGAGUCUGUUUCAGAUGUCGGUAUUAAGGGAAAACCUUUCUGUCCAGAACAUUACAGUACUGAGGGAGUCACUGGGUUUGAACUUCAAGUGGGUGUUACUUCUGUGAUUAGACUGCAUUAUCUUAAAUAUCUACAAAAUCCCUUUAGUACAAUUAAAUGGAUCUGGAUGCAUUUUGUAAACAGCGACAGAUUGCCUGUACAAAACAAAACACCACAAAAAAAAAAAAACAAUCAGAAAAAAAGAAAAUAUUGUGAGAAUGACUUUGCAAAUUAAGAAAAUAAUCUGUGAAAUUGACCUCAAACACUUAAUCUGAUGUGUAGAAAGGCCAAAAAGAUACAGAUUCUCUUGUAAUUUGUCACAAAGAUUUGAUGCAGCAAGUUCUUCUGCCGUGUGAGUUUGGUUUUUUUUUUGGUCCCUGUGCCUGCAUGCAUCUAGUAUUGGUAGCAUGUCUUGGUUUGGCACUGAAGCGCAGGUUGCCGUAGUGAUUUUGGGGAACCUUACAGCAAUAUAUGUGUCCAUCCUGAUGUUACCGAGAGCUGACGAAAGAAAUCAUGUGAAAUGUGAAAUAUGAGCUACUGCUGUGUCUCCCAUGCAGUUUGUGCUGUUACGGUAUUCAUGUUUGCACUGUUACCGUCGUCAUUUUGUUGUGUGGCGUUUUUAUUGGCCACUCGGUGCGCUUCCUGUUAUUUUAUCUUCCAAGAUUCACUCCUUCCUUUUCCCGUUUCACACAGAUUGCAUAUCCAGCAUCCAUUUUAGUACAAACGUGCCAUCUGGAAUUAUGGAAAAACCCGUAUCUGAGCUUCACCAAUGGCUUUAAGCACAGCUGAUCUGGGGUGCCAUUGUUCUGUGUUUUUACUGACUGAAGUCUGUCAGCUAUAUGCAUGCCAUUUGAGAUGUUUUUUGGAUGAAAAAACAGUUUAGACUUUUUUUUCCAAGCUCUGAGGGGGCAGCACCAAUAAUGUGGUAUCUCCACGGUUACCCAUAUUUGGAGCACACUGGGAGAUUCUGAAUAUCAUGUUGGGAAUGAGAGGGGUGAAGUUUUUUUUUUGUACAGUGGCUUAUAUGAACAUAUUACUACAUGUUUUCUACUAAGAAUGUACAGUAAAAAAAAAAGCAAAAAAAGCGACGUGCUUCAGUAUUACGGUGUGUAUGUGUACAUGCGUGUGUAAAGGAUUACAUGCACAUGCCUGCGCUCUCGGAUUUUGCAUUGACUGAAUGUGAAUGACGAGGACGUGCUAAGAUAGAGAAUACGACUGUGUACAUAGUUUAGAAUGUUUUUUUAACUGUGAGUGAAAUGGGUGGAUGUGUUGCACAUCGCCCCUACGAAGUCUCAAAUAUUGUUUUGUGCAUAAUACACAAAGAAUGAGAUGGAGA